GUCUCAUUAUACCGGAAACAACUGCAUAAAAACGGAGACAGUUGCCAAGAAAGGAGAGCACGCAUAUUUUAAGACUUUAGCUUGUCUACCUUUAUUGUGGCCUGUUUUUAUAUUUUAGUGCAAUGCCUCCCAAAAGGCCACCAGCGCACUCCACUGAUCCGUCCGAAUCGUCCACAAGCGAAGCGUCGGUGGAUGAGAAGCCGGGAAAGAAAUCAGAUGCUGCGCCUCAUCCAUCCACGGCGAUCAUGGUGAAAGAAGCACUUCAAGCGUUGGACUCGCGCAAAGGGGUUUCAUCCCAGGCGAUACUGAAGUAUAUCACAGAAAAAUACCCGUCGGUGGAUUUGGCGAGGCUGAAGACUUUAGUUCGGAAAAACCUGAAGAAGGGAGUGGAAAAUGGGACGCUGGUGAAGCCUGGGAACUCCAGCGCGAAUACGGCCACGAGGAGAUUUAGGCUUGCACCGAAGACUAAACCAAAAGCCGAAAACGCAGAGCCCAGUGUGAAGAAGUCUCCAAAAGCAGCCAAGGAUGGAGCCAAGAAGCCCAGCAAAGCGGGUGCCACAAAGAAGAAAGACGCUGCAAAUGGACAAACAAAGUCUAAAGAGGACUCAAAGCCUCUCAGAAAGUCAAAGGAUGAAGAGGCUUCUACAUCAAAGGUUGCUCCAGCAAAGAAGCCAAAGGCUAAACCGACUGGGGAUGGUGAGGAAACUGCUGCCUCGACCAAAACUAAAGCAAAGAAAACGAAGGAGGCAAAGCCUGGAAAGGCCAAGGUUGCCAAAGCGGACAGUACAGUGGCUUCUAAAUCAAAUAGAAAACGAGGAACAAAGUCUGCAGAUUGAACUUGUAAUUCUAAACUGUUUUUAUAUCGUUUGUCAAAUAAAUCUAAAUUCUUAGCUCUUGA